ACGAGCCAGGCCUCCCGCCGCCGCCGCCGCCGCAUCGGGGUGUGCAGCGCCGGGCCAGGCCCCGAGCGGGGCAGGAGCGCAGGUAUACUUUUCCUUUCACUGGAGACAACCAAUGUUACUAGUUUCUUAUAUAUUCUUCCGACUUUCCAGUCUCCACUUAUGACAUGUAGAAGAAGCUUACUUAAGGAGUAACCCAUCUGUUUCCCAUCUUCUCCUUUCCUUACUGCAUAGUGGGGUAGAGCCUCUGUUAUGCACCUAAAGCAAUAUUGGAAACUCCAGAAGAAAGUGCGACCUCUAGAAAUCAGCAAGGAAACUUCCAGAAGUCUUGCAAACUACCCCAAGGGUCUCCAUGAUGAAAAGUGCAAAGCUGGCUACAUGAAGCCCAGCGUGUUUUCUUCAAACUCCACUCUUGGUAAAACAUCAUCUCGAAAGCCUUUUGGGAUCCUCUCUCCAAAUGUUCUGUGCAGUAUGAGUGGGAAGAGCCCUGUAGAGAGCAGCUUGAAUGUCAAAACCAAGAAGAAUGUACCAUCGACAACAAUCCACCAGGGUGAAGAAGGGGAAGGGCCUCUUGAUAUCUGGGCUGUUGUGAAACCAGGAAAUACCAAGGAGAAAAUUGCGUUCUUUGCGGCCCACCAGUGUAGUAAUAGAAUAGGAUCUAUGAAAAUAAAAAGCUCCUGGGAUAUUGAUGGGAGAGCUACUAAAAGAAGGAAAAAAUCAGGGGAUCCUAAGAAAGUCAAAACACAGUUUGAAAGGAUGAGGGAAGUCAGUAGCCGGUGCUAUCCUCCUGAGCCUUUUGCGUGUGGCAUUGAGCACUGUUCUGUGCACUAUGUGAGUGACAGUGGGGAUGGCGUCUAUGCUGGAAGGCCUUUGUCCGUCAUACAGAUGGUUGCCUUCUUGGAGCAAAGAGCCAGUGCUCUGCUGGCCAGUUGUACGAAAAACUGCACCAACUCACCUGCUGUGGUAAGGUUUUCUGGGCAAUCCAGAAGUGUGCCCCUUGCUUCUGAACCUUUCUCUGCCUCAGGAGCUUGUGAAGAACCCACAGAAAGGGGAAAUCUUGAGGUGGGUGAACCACCAAGUGAGCCAGUCCGUGUCCUUGACAUGGUGGCCCGGCUGGAGUCUGAGUGCCUCAAACGGCAGAGCCAGCGUGAGCCUGGGAAUCUCUCAAGGAAUAAUAGCUUUCGUCGGAAUGUUGGCCGGGUGCUGCUUGCAAACGGCACUCAGGCUGAUGAAGGCAACACAAACAAGGGUGCCUUGGAGGCUCCUGACUCUCAGGUGAAUGCUGUGGGGUCUGUGUCUGUAGACUGCGACCCCUCAAGAGCUGACCAUUGUUCUCCUGAAGGAGACCAGGUCUGGGAUGGCCCUCCACCGGGCUGUCCCGCCGUGCCCGCAGCUGUGAGUUUCCACACAGACAGUGUGGUCUUUGAGCCAGAGCAGCCAGCUGCCAUGAAAACCGGCAAUAGAUAUGCCGUGGAAAUGAUUGAGGCACUUGUUGGCACACCUUUUCCUUCUCGAACCUGUCCCCAGGCCAUUGAAUUGCCCGUGGACGCUGUUGAUGGCAUGAGCAGAGAGUGUGUGCCACUCACCAGCCAGAAUCCUGAUCAGCGAAGAAAAGAAUCUUUGUGCAUUAGCAUCACUGUGUCCAAGGUGGAGAAAAACCAGGCUUCCAGUUUAAAACCCGGUGAAGACCCACUUCCAGGGAUGUUGUUUUUCUUGCCACCUGGUCAUCAGUCGGACUGUUCCCAGUUGAGUGAAAGCACAGCAGAAGAGUCUUCCGAGGCCAGUAGGCUUGAAGGUGUAGCUGAGGAUGACAACACUUCUGAGGAAAGAAGUGCCUCAGCCUCUCCUGUGGAAAGCACAUCCCCAGUGCUCGAGGCCUCCAGUUGGAAGAAGCAAGUGUCUCAUGACUUUCUGGAGACCAGGUUUAAAAUCCAGCAGCUGUUGGAGCCGCAACAGUACAUGGCUUUUCUGCCCCAUCACAUCAUGGUGAAAAUCUUCAGGUUACUUCCUACCAAGAGUUUAGUGGCUCUUAAAUGUACCUGCUGCUAUUUCAAGUUUAUCAUUGAAUAUUACAAUAUCAGGCCAGCAGAUUCUCGAUGGGUUCGAGAUCCACGCUAUAGAGAGGAUCCAUGCAAGCAGUGCAAGAAAAAAUACGUGAAAGGGGACGUGUCCUUGUGCCGAUGGCAUCCCAAGCCCUAUUGCCAGGCAUUGCCCUAUGGGCCAGGGUAUUGGAUGUGCUGCCACCGGUCUCAGAAGGGUUUCCCUGGCUGUAAGCUGGGACUGCAUGACAAUCACUGGGUUCCUGCUUGCCAUAGCUUUAAUCGGGCAAUCCAUAAGAAAGCAAAGGGGACUGAGACGGAAGAGGAAUACUAGUCUGAGAGGUGACAAAAGAACUAAAUUUAAAACUCUCAACCCCCACCUCACUCUGUUGUGCAAGUGAGUGUUGCCUCUCCCGAGUCCUCACUUUAGGAGACUGUAUGCGUAUUCCAUCACGCCUGCCAUUCAUUGCUUAGACAUUUUUUUCAACUCCUGAUUUACAAGCUGUACAAGAAAAUUGUUCUUGUUGUACAGUGAAACCUCACAUUUGAUCCAGGGUGGUAUUCCAGUUUGACUUACAUGGCUGUGAAUAUCUCUGCCUGUUUUCCCAAGCUGACUUCAUCCUCAAUGGACAAAGACACAGUUGCACCAUCACAGACACGACGGAUUUAUGGCAGACCAUGCAGGCAAUCCCCCAAAUGGGGCUCCAGAAAUGUUUUGAGCACUGGCACCAUAUUUGAUAUAAGUGAAGAGUGUGUGUGAAGAAAAAUAGCAGCACUCUUAGAAGAAAAGUAUUCUUACAAAGGAAAAGUCAGGCACCUUACUUUAAACCUUGUAUGCUUGAUCCUGUGAGAUUGAUGUUUGUGGUUGGAAAUGGAGUUUAUGCCCUGUGGUGUUUACAGUGUAUAUAAUGGUUGUGUUUCAUAGGGCUAUGAAAGUGCACAUUAAACCCCGAGCGCCUUUACCAUAGAUGAGUGCUUUUGGCCCCUCUGUAAAUAACACUAUUAAAUCCAAGUUGUAUAUAAUGGACAGCUGACUGAACAACAUAAUCACCACAAUGCAGCUAGGAUAGUGUUGCGGCUACAGAUGUGUCCCCCCCCUUUUUUUAUUGUCUUGUACAUCCUGUAUAAAAUAUGAAUGUUUCCCAAAUAAACUAUGAAUGUUUCCUGUAUAAUAUAUGAAUGUUUCUGAGAAGAAACUCUAAAUAGUUAAGAGGUUAACCUAUUGAAAGGAUACCAAAUAAUGGUUUAACUGGACAACCUUUAAAUUAGCAUAGAGAAUAAUCCUUUGUUAUAUUUUAGUGAUCCACCAAGAAUGAGAGAAUACUAUAUAUAGUCAGAUUAUAACAUUCUUGUCUACUUUAUUCUUUCUGUCUGGUUACAAUUUUUUUUUAACCAAUAAAAAUGCAUCUUAAAUGGGA